GGCACACAAGAGAUUCAGUGAAUGCCUCUCCAAAGAGGACAAAAACCUCCCCACCCCCCGAGUGCCCAUGGAGAAAGUCCUUUCACUGCCAGAACUCAAGGUGACAAGAUUGCAAUUGAAAUUCUACUAAAUUACUAAUUCAGGGAGUAAAUUGUUAUUAUUUGUUUUACUUUAACGUUGUUAAAAACAUUUUUGUGUAGCAAAUGUUUGAUUUGCUUUUGUUCCUUAAAGGCCCAGUGCAGUCAAUGUGAUUUUAUUGUUUUCUAUACAUUUCCACACUGAGGUUGCAAUAAUAUUGUGAAAAUGAUAAUGCUCUUUUAGUGUAAGAGCUGUUAGAAAAGCGUUGGCCUUUCCAUGGUUACAUCACCAUGCAGUACAUUUGUUAAUAGUUUUACACUCUCCGCUCAGACCACUCCCAGACAGUCCUAGCAAAAUUCUUGCUUGAGAAAUUGCACUUUGCUAAGAAAAUACAGUUGAAGUCGGAAGUUUACAUACAGUUAGGUUGGAGUCAUUAAAAAUAGUUUUUCAACCACUCCACAAAUUUCAGGUGAACAAACUAUAGUUUUGGCAAGUCGGUUAGGACAUCUACUUUGUGCAUGACACAAGUAAUUUUUCCAACAAUUGUUUACAGACAGAUUAUUUCACUUAUAAUUCACUGUAUCACAAUUCCAGUGGGUCAGAAGUUUACAUACACUAAGUUGACUGUGCCUUUAAACAGCUGGGAAAAUUCCAGAAAAAUAUGUCAUGGCUUUGGAAGCUUCUGAUAGGCUAAUUGACAUCAUUUGAGUCAAUUGGAGGUGUACCUGUGGAUGUAUUUCAAGGCCUACCUUCAAACUCAGUGCCUCUUUACUUGACAUCAUGGGAAAAUCAAAAGAAAUCAGCCAAGACCUCAGAAAAAUAAUUGUAGACCUCCACAAGUCUGGUUCAUCAUUGAGAGCAAUUUCCAAACGCCUGAAGGUACCACGUUCAUGUGUACAAACAAUAGUACGCAAGUAUAAACACCAUGGGACCACGCAGCCGUCAUACCGCUCAGGAAGGAGACGCGUUCUGUCUCCUAGAGAUGAACGUACUUUGGUGCGAAAAGUGCAAAUCAAUCCCAGCAGCAAAGGACCUUGUGAAGAUGCUGGAGGAAACAGGUACAAAAGUCUCUAUAUCCACAGUGAAACGAGUCCUAUAUCGACAUAACCUGAAAGGCCGCUCAGCAAGGAAGAAGCCACUGCUCCAAAACCGCCAUAAAAAAGCCAGACUACGGUUUGGAACUGCACAUGGGGACAAAGAUUGUACUUGUUGGAGAAAUGUCCUCUGGUCUGAUGAAACAAAAAUAGAACUGUUUGGCCAUAAUGAUCAUCAUUAUGUUUGGAGGGAAAAGGGGGUACCUUGCAAGCCGAAGAACACCAUCCCAACCGUGAAGCACGGGGGUGGCAGCAUCAUGCUGUGGGGGUGCUUUGCUGCAGGAGGGACUGGUGCACUUCACAAAAUAGAUGGCAUCAUGAGGAAGGAAAUGUAUGUUGAUAUAUUGAAGCAACAUCUCAAGACAUCAGUCAGGAAGUUAAAGCUUGGUCGCAAAUGGGUCUUCCAAAUGGACAAUGACCCCAAACAUACUUCCAAAGUUGUGGCAAAAUGGCUUAAGGACAACAAAGUGAAGGUAUUGGAGUAGUCAUCACAAAGCCCUGACCUCAAUCCUAUAGAAGAUUUGUGGGCAGAACUGAAAAAGCAUGUGCGAGCAAGGAGGCCAACAAACCUGACUCGGUUACACCAGCUCUGUCAGGAGGAAUGGGCCAAAAUUCACCCAACUUAUUGUGGGAAGCUUGUGGAAGGCUACCCGAAACGUUUGACCCAAGUUAAACAAUUUGAAGGCAAUGCUACCCGAGUGGCGCAGUGGUCUAAGGCUAGAGAUCCUGGUUCGAAUCCAGGCUCUGUCGUAGCUGGCCGGGAGACCCAUGGGGCGGCGCACAAUUGGCCCAGCGUCGUCCAGGGUAGGGGAGGGAAUGGCCGGCAGGGAUGUAGCUCAGUUGGUAGAGCAUGGUGAUUGCAACGCCAGGGUUGUGGGUUCGAUUCCCACGGGGGGCCAGUAUGAAAGAUUAAAAAAAAAAUGUAUGCACUCACCAACUGUAAGUCGCUCUGGAUAAGAGCGUCUGCUAAAUGACUAAAAUGUAAAUGUAAAUACUAGUUGAGUGUAUGUAAACUUCUGACCCACUGGGAAUGUGAUGAAAUAAAUAAAAGCUGAAAUAAAUAAUUCUCUCUACUAUUAUUCUGACAUUUUACGUUCUUAAAAUAAAGUGGUGAGCCUAACUGACCGAAGACAGGGAAUUUUUACUAGGAUUAAAUGUAAGGAAUUGUGAAAAACUGAGUUUAAAAGUAUUUGGCUAAGGUGUAUGUAAACUUCUGACUUCAACUGUAUAUAUAUAUAUUUUUUUGGCCGUUUGAAUUUAAAACAGUAAGGAACGAUUAGUUACCGGAGUGUAACUCCAGUUCUAUGAGUGGAGCAGAGCCCCAUAGGGGAGCUCUGCUCCUAGUGGUUUACCCUCUGCCCUAAGGCAGCAACAGCCUGAGACAAAAUUAUGCACACACCUGCAGCCAAUAGGAGCACAGGUGUCCCUAUAAGAGGGGAUGCCUCCCCUCAAUCAGCCUCCAGAGAUAUUUAUCUUCAGCGAGACUAGAGAGGGUCGGCAGGGCCUUAAGUCCUAUGGGGCUCCGCUCCACUCAUAGAACUGGAGUCACACUCCGGUAACUAAUCGUUCUAUAUCGUGGAGCUCCGCCCCAUAGGGGAGCUCUGCUCCUAGUGGUUUAAGGCGGAGCGUAGCGCUCCAAAAUGUACUCCCUGCCGAGCCUAACACUUCCCAUUAAAAAUGAAAAGGUCAGGCCUAGCAAUGGCUGCAACCAAUUCCUGCAGUACUGCAACUAAGAACCCAUACGGGCGUCACAAUAUACCGCGUCAUCGGUUAAAGACCCGCCCCACCUAGUUUAAUGGCAAUGCCAAUGACUAGUGGGCAGAUCACCAGAAUAGAAGCCAUACUAAUCUGUACUAGCAGAUAGAUGUGCCUCAAUAUCUUGUGAAAACACUACCGGCCACUAACGGAAUGACACCAAGUGUCACUCUACAUUGUGUACACGGUAGACCGCCUCACUCACUCAAUGGAAUCCCAGAGAUUAGUGGGCAGGAACAAACAUGGGUCAUACUAAACUGAACAAGCAGAUAGAUGACCUCACAUUCUGUCAAAUCAAUACAUGCCUCUACUGUACUGAACCUGUCAGUCAGGAGUCAUGCCACAAGAUAUGCUUUCCUAUCCAAAGCGGACCUGAUGGAAACCUGUGUCCAACGUCCUGCUUUUUCCUCUCUUUCUAGCUCAAGAUUCCCCUUAAGCUAUGCUGAGUACAAAUCGAGCCAGAGAGAUAGAAAGCCUAUCUAUCAAAAAACAUGUUUUCCUAACCAAAGCGGACCUGAUGGAAACCUGUGUCCAUAGUCCUGCUUUUUCCUCUCUUCCUGGCUCAAAAUCUCCUUUCAGCUAUGCUGAGUACAGACCGAGCCAAAGAGUUACAAAACAUAUCUAUCAAAAACACGUCUUCCUAACCAAAGCGGACCUGAUGGAAACCUGUGUCCACAGUCCUUCUUUUCCUCUCUUUCUUGCUCAAGAUCUCCCUUCAGCCACGCUGAGUACAGAUCGAGCCAAAGAGUUAGAAGACAUAUCUAGUAGAUAGAAACUGGAUAAAUGGAGACGGUGUCGACCAUGACGCUGCUCUACAAAUAUCCUCUACCCCUGUUCCUCUGAAAAGGGCAGUAGAAGCUGCUACUCCACGAGUGGAGUGAGCUCUGAUACCCUGAGGCAAUUGUCGCCCCGCUGCCUCGUAAGCUGUCUCAAUGCCUUCACAAAGCCAAUGAGACAAUUGCUGUUUUGAAAGUGGUCUACCUAAUGCAGCCGCACCGUGACACACAAACAGCUGAGGCGAUGACCUAAUCGCUGCUGUGCGCUCAACGUAACACGCCAAAGCGUGCACUGGGCACAGACAAUGAAGCUUUUCCUCACUCCUCUCCCUAUGAGGAGGGGGAGAAAAAGCCCACAACUCCACGGUCUGUGAUCUAUAUGCACUGCAAAUAACCUUCGGCACAAACGCCGGGUUAGGACGUAACACCGCUCUGCUCAGAUCGCCAUUAAUGGCAAGGCAGUCGGGUCUCGUCGACAGAGCACACAAAUCACUGACACGCUUAGCGGUAGUCAAAGCGAGCAACAGUGCCGUAUUCAUAGACACCAUCUUGAGGGGUAUUUGAUUCAAUGGCUCGAACGGCGACUUACAUAGCGCUUCGAGUACCAAAGCCAAAUCCCACUGGGGCAGCGUGGCUCUAGGCAUUGGCCUAAGCCGCCGCGUUCCCAAUAAGAAACGUUUCACUAGAGGGUGGCUGAACACAUUCGUUCCGCCAAACCCCUCAUGACCAGCUGAAAUCGCCGCUGCAAACACUCUAAUGGUGGAGGGCGAUUUCUGCUUAUCAAACAUAAACUGCAGAAAAGAGAGCACACUCUCAACCUGACAGUUCAUGGGGUCCACACCCUGUGUGUCACACCAUCGUGAAAAAACGUUCCAUCUGCUGGUAUACAUCCUAGAAGUGGAACCGGCUCGUGCACCCUGUAUGGUUCUGAUCACUGCAUCAGAUAACCCACGGCGCCUCAACCUGUCCCAUUCAGGAACCAAGCCUUCAGUGGUUGGCCGAUUAUGGGCAACUGCCCUAUCGAGCCUCCCGCCUGGGUCAACGCGUCCCGUCGAUGUGGAAUUGGCCAAGGUGGCGCAAUCAACAUCUGACUCAUCUCCGCAAACCACGGAGCCCCUGGUCGAUCGGGGGCUAUCAAUAUUAUUGACAGCCCUCCUGAUCUCACCCUGGCUAGCAGUGGGAGAAUGCAAGACAGCAGAGGGAAUGCGUACAGAAGAACUUUCGGCCACGGGUAGUGCGCGAAUGCGUCUCUUCCCAGUGGUGGUUCGUCCUGUUCCCUCAGGGAGAACCAUAGGGGACAUUGCGCGUUCACGCGUGACGCGAAUAGAUCCACCUCUCCCGAACUGUUCCCAAAUUUGGAGAACAAUGUCCGGAUGCAGACACCACUCGUCGUCUCGAGGACCCCCUCUUGACAUGAGGUCUGCCCCUACGUUCAAGUAGCCCGGAAUGUGUGCUGCUCUCAACGAGCGAAGGUGCUUGUGAGCCCACAGCCACAAUUCCUUUGCCGCCCGGUGGAGAACAGGAGACCUGACUCCUCCCUGGCGAUUUAUGUGAGCUACUGUGGUCCGGUUGUCUGACCAGACCAGCACAUCGCGACCCCGAAGGGUAGACGCGAAGUGGGUCAGAACCAGUCGAACCGUUUCCAACUCCAAGAGGUUUAUGUGACGACUCGAUUGAGGCCACACACCUCCUAUCGCUUGAGUCUGACAUGUCCCUCCCCAUCCAGUCAGAGAGUUAUCUGUGAACACUGGAAUGUAGGAUGACACCUUGCCCAUCGGGACUCCGUGCGUGAGAACGCUCGGAUUCCUCCAAUAUUCCAGGUCUGCUCUUAGUGAGAGAGGAACCACCACCAACCGAUGACGUUGACGCACUGGGUCUAGUCUUAGUUGGGCGAACCAUCGCUGUAUUCUGCGCAUGUGCAGAAGUCCCAGCGGAACCACAGAGUGGGCUGACGACAUGAGACCCAAAAGUGACAUGAUCGACAGCGCCGUCACCGUGUGAUUCGGACGACACCUCCUUAGGGCUAGCAACAAUGCUGCCCUUCGAGGGUCCGAAAUUCGAGCCCUCAUCAUUACAGUGUCUAGCUGUAAUCCCAGGUAGACAAUCUGAUGACUGGGCCAGGGCGCGCUCUUUUUCCAAUUCACAGCGAACCCCAGACGUGUGAGAUGAAUCACUGUCUGUGUCGUGUGAGUGAACGCCAGCUCUGCUGACGGGGCGAGAACCAGCAGGUCGUCUAGGUAGGCUAAUAGCCGUAUCCCCUGACGACGCAACGGUUCCAAUGCCGCCUACACAUUUGGAAAACGUUUGAGGUGCCAGAGCGUACCCGAAUGGCAUCCUCGUGAACUCGUACGCCACCCCUUGAAAGGCGAACCGCAGAAACCUCCUGUGACGCGAUUGUAUCGGCACAUGGAAGUACGCGUCCUUUAGGUCUAUGCUUGUACAAAAGUCUCCUUUUUGGACACAUUCCAGUAGACGUUUUGUCGUCAGGAUUCGGAAGGGCCGUUUGGUUAUGCUCUCGUUGAGAAUGCGUAAAUCCAAAAUCGGCCUCACUCCCCCCGUCUUUUUGGGCACUAGGAAAUAAGGCGAAUAUAGCCCCUUGUUCCUUUGCUCCCGGGGAACUACUGUGACCGCCUCCUUCGCCAAAAGUUCCGUAAUCUCUGACAUCAGAGCGGCCACUUUGUCUGGCGUUUUCAUCACCGUCUCCACCACUCCCCUGAACGGGGGUGGGGUUCGAUGGAAUUGGAGGGCAUAACCCUUCUGCAACGUCUGUUCUAGCCAGCGUGAGAGGGUACAGCUUCGCUGCCACUGCCAGCAAUGCAGAGAAAGCGGGCGCGCGCGAGCGAAGCUGUGGUGCAUUCAGUAGGAAGGACCUGUAUUCUUCUAUGGCCCUCGCCGCCGCUAUUCCCCAGCACUGGGUUGGUGGAAUAGCCCAAGGCGGGCCCCCUUCGAAAGGGAGAGGAAACAUCAGCACGUUCUGAGAGAAUCGGAGGCCUUGAUAUGUUAGUUACGUCUGUAACUCUAGUAUUCCGGCCCUCCGUGAACGUAGCACGGGCUUGAGCUGCACUGACUGAGGUAUUAACCUGAGACAGAGCGCCCUCCCCGGAAAGCAAUUGCGUCAUCACGCCAUUGUCUGACCGAGACUGCUGCUUGCCAUGAGAGCCGUCCACUGCAGUACUCAUCAGAGUCUGGAAAGUGUGGUCUCUAACUGGUACCACAAGGUGGCGCCACAAUACCUAUUUUUCACUAGUCUCAUGAGAUUGCUCAACUGCACACUCUAGGUGUGGUGAGCUGUACUCAGAGUAGUGGGUAUUGUUACAUUCUGAAUUGACCGGGGGCGCCAAUACAUUGGUUACACCUGUAACUCUAGUAUUUCGGCCCUCCGUGAACGUCGCACGGGUCUGAACUGCGCUGGCUGAGGCAUUAGCCUGAAGCAAGGCGUCAUUCCCAGCUAGCGGCUGCGUCUUCAUGUCAUACUUAGACUGAGACAGCUGCCUGCUAUGUGAGACCUUUACUACAGAGCUCCUAGGAGUCUGUAGUGUACGAUCUUUAUUAGGUGAGCUAAGGCUACGCCUUGCUGCCCUUUUCUCCUUCCUCUCCUGUGUGUGUUCAACUACGCACCUUCGGUGGGUUGAACUACACUCAGGAUGGUGGGAGAAAAUCAUGGGGCGUGAAGUACUCUGAACGUUUUGCAACGUGUCAUGGAAAAGGGGCUCUUUUGUGACAAUGCCCUGAACAAUAGGGUGGGGGGGAACAGUGGGCUCUGUCGCGUCCAGCGCCGAGCCGCCAGCCGUCCUCUCCCCCUCGUCCCGUCAUUGGCGCCGUCUCUUCUGGCUGACCUUCUGGUGCUGCCAGGACGGUUUCAUGACGACCUCUCUCGCCGGCGGAAUCGUCGCAACCACUGCCGUCGCUGGGGGGGCCGAGCCCGCUCGCCUGCUGUCAGUGGUCGGCGUCUGUCGCCUGGCCCGUCGCCUCCCUGUAGAUCUACUGGGGGCGUUAGAGGGUGGUGGGUUAGCUGAUGCCUGGCUAGACUUCCUUGCCAACGGCAGGUAUUUAGCCAGGUGCUUCCUUUCCUCGUCGAGCUUACCGAAUCGCUCCGUCGCCUCUUUAACGGCGACCCCAAAGAGGCCCUCGCUAGAGAGGGGAGCGUUCAGCAGCGAGGCUCUGUCCGUCUCCUUCAUGGCCGUCAUGGACAGCCAGAGGUGACGUUCCAUGACCACCGAAGUGGCCAUGGACCGGCCUGCACAUAUCGCCGACGCCUGUGUCAGGUGAAGAAUAGAGCCAGAAAUCCUGGACGCCUCUUCAACCUCCUCGCUGGUCAACUCAGACCUACCCGUUGUUAGACGGGAUAGGGAGGCCGCGAGGAGGGCAAUGUUGUUAGCUGCUGACACAGCCUGGGCUCCCAGCGUAAAGGACUUCUCAGCCAGCUGUGCUGUGAGUCUGUCCUUUUGUGCUGGCAAGGUGGCUUUCUUGGAGGCCGCCCAGAGACUCGAACCCGGCACUAGAUACGCCGCCAUGGCGCUCUCGAGCCUAGGGAUUCCCUUGGCAGCCCACUCAUGUCCAGCCACUCUCGUGAAUGGGGAGUACACCCUGGCCGGUGAACGCGCCGCCAGGGGUGCUUCCCACGAGCCCUCGACAUACUUCCCAAGAGAAGGCAUAGCAGGAGCCAGUGGCUCAGCUGCCUUUCUCGGUCGAGAGUAAGGGCCGCCCUCCAUCAUAUCAACCUCCACAGGGGGCAGCGCUAUCUCUAGUCGCUUAGCGGCUCUCUCAAUGAGUCCAGGGAAGUCCGAACGCAGAGAGGCCGCUGCGAAGGACAGGGCUACUGACGUGUCAGAGCCCGUGUCGUCAUCGCACAAGGAGCCAUAAGACCUCUCACUCCCCAAAGGGAAGGGGGUCUUGAAGGUCUGCGUCAGAGGGUCGGAUUGUUCCAUUGGAACAUCCAUCUCUGCGUCCCUCUCCUUGUCAUCCCCUGAGUCAGCGCUGUCCGACGACGCCUCUGAAGCAGAGGCGAGAAGAGACAGUACAUCCUCUAGGGGGAUAUCCUCCCUAAAAAACGCCCAACGCUGCUUCCUCACCUUCAUAGGAAGGAGGGCGCAGGAGGCGCAAUUAGGGGGAUUGCCGGUCCCGUCCUUGGCAUGCUGCGGCCCCAAACACACGAAACAAAGGUCGUGGGGGUCCGCAGACGCCAUGGAGGUGCAUCGGCACUGAGCCCUGAAAAGGGCUUUUGGGGGUGGAAAAUCUCCCGGUGUGCUCAUUCUAGAAGACGUCGAUGGCUGGCUCAUCGACGGCGAUUUCUUCCUGAGUCUUCUACUUCGUCUCUUCUUGGCUUCUUCAGUCUAGUCGUCCAGUCGCUGAAGAUAAAGGGAGGCUGAUUGAGGGGAGGCAUCCCCUCUUAUAGGGACACCUGUGCUCCUAUUGGCUGCAGGUGUGUGCAUAAUUUUGUCUCAGGCUGUUGCUGCCUUAGGGCAGAGGGUAAACCACUAGGAGCAGAGCUCCCCUAUGGGGCGGAGCUCCACGAUAUAGAACUUAAUUGUUACCCAGAAAUGAUUCGAUAUUGAGAUAAAAAUGGCUGCAUUGGACCUUUAAUGUUUAUGUUCUGUCCCCACCCUUUAGUCCAACCCUUUCAGAAAAAGGAUCUGUCACGUAUUCUCAACGUCUGAUAUGAAAGAUGGAAGUCUCACCUUUGAGGACUUCCUUGAUCUCUUGAGUGCCUUCAGUGAUUCAGCUACACUGGAAAUCAAGUCCCACUAUGCAUUCCGCAUUUUUGGUAAUACAAUUUUGACUUUCUUAGGCCUGUAUAUGUAUGUAGUGUAUUCAUGGUUGUCUGGCAGUGUGUGGAGGGCUGGUGAAAACAUUAAAUUGGUAUUGUUUUGUCUGUUCAGACUUUGAUGAUGAUGGCACUCUGGAUAGUGGGGACCUGGAGAAGCUGGUGAACUGUCUGACUGGUGAGACAGAUGACACAAGGCUUACCCCUGAAGAGAUGAGGCAGCUCAUCAGCAAUGUGAGUUAACAGAUUAUGGCCACUAUUGCCUGGUUCUUUCCAAUGUGGGCCUACCUCAGGGGAGACCAUAAACUGGGAAGAGCAUCAGCCUAGCCUAUAGCAGCAGCUCUGGCAGAUUUGAAUACUGUCUCAAAGCAGGAAAUUGCAUUGCUGAGUAUGAUCUAUAGUCAUAUCGCUGAGUCUACCUUUCAGGUCUCCAUUUGCAAUCUCCAAGGCUAAAACAAUUACUUAUUUACAAUAUUGCAGAUUCUUGAAGAGUCAGAUAUUGACAAAGAUGGGACUGUGAAUCUGUCAGAGUUCCAACACGUCAUCUCAAGGUCUCCAGAUUUCGUCAGGUCAGUACAAAUCUGAUUAGAAUACUCUUCAUAAUCUCUACAUUGCACCUAUGAGCCUCCCUCUAAUGCUCUGUGUUGUUCUCCAGUUCUUUUAAGAUUGUUCUG